AGUCGCUGCAUCCCACUGUACUUGCGAUUAGCUUAUAAAAGCUCCUCCUUGUCCUUAUCCAAAUGAUCUUGAAACAAGCAAGUCGCCAGCGACGAUCUAAAAAUCUCUAUAGCCCAGACUUUUGACUGUCAGAAGCAUUUGGGUUGUCCGACCCGAUAUCCUAAUUUAUUUUCUCAUUAUCAAACUACAAUACGAUUACAAACAUGACUUCCAUUCAGAACCUCGUAUCUCUCCUUGCGGCAGUGCCAACCCCUGCUCCUAUAUCAAGUACAGUUAUGCCAACCACAAUUAUGGCCCCUACAAUUCGCCAAUGUCGCGAAGUGAAUGUCUUCUACACUGGCUUUCCCGGCUAUCAUCCCCUCGUUCUCGCCCAAGGUUGGGAUCCUCUCCGUGUCGAGAUUGGCAUUCGCAACGAGACCGCGAAUCUGGUCAAGGCUGGAUACAAUGUCCAUGCCGUCUGGGCUGGUGUUGAAGUCCCCAUCAGCGAGAUUGAGGAUCGUAUGGACCAGAGCGGAGUCAACUGGGAUGUUACCGCAGUAGGCUUUGGCAUUCGUGGGGCAACUUUGGAGCCUAUCGUGGAGCGCUUUGAAGAUCUCAUUGAGUUGUAUGCUCGAAAGACCCCCCAUGCUCGCAUAGUCUUUAACCAUAGCCCUGAGAGUUUCAUUUGGUCUGUUGCUCACCGUAUAGCCUUGGCCGAAGACUGCGAAGCUGCUGGCAAGCCCGGCAAGUUGAUUGGUUAUGAGGAGAUUUGCGACUCCCGAUGCGAUCGUGAUGUUUCUAGCAAAGACAAAUAUAAAAACCACGAUGAACUGUAAUUAUCUGCCAGUCUAGCGCAGCAUUGCAAUUAGGAGCAAAUGUUUUAUAUGCUAACUAGAUCAGCUGUCGUAAUCAAGCCAAUAGUAUUCCCUUACAUGAGAUACAAGAUUGGUUACCUUUCUGAAUUUUUCAUGGUCGUAGACUUUGCAAUCGUUAUAGGUGU